AUGGACUGUUCCGGCUGCGCAAACAAUUUGACACGAGCGCUUCACGAUGUGGCGGGUACCAAGAACGUCAACGUGAUUUUCAUCAACGGGACUGCUGAAUUUGACCUGGACACCGAGGUCAACAGUCUGGCCAACGUGAUCCGCAGUGCCCAACAAGCCACUCGGUACAAGCUGACGCCAUUCUCUUCCGACACGCAAAGCAUCGUCGUCACUAUGGACGCGAGAGACGCAGACAAGUUUUGCGGCCACUUACCUCGAGGAGUCGACCACUGCGAAAAACUUUCGAAGACAACUUAUGAGAUCAGCUAUGACCCCUGCAUCGUUGGUGCCAGAGAAGUCCUUGCCGGCAUUCAUGCGCAGCUCGGACCUCCACCCAGCAAAUCCGUUGCCGAUACAGGAAAGCGGAGGCUGAUCCGCGUCUUUGCAUUGACCGCCGCGGCCUUCGUCCUGACAACGCCGGUUGUUGUACUCGAAUGGGGACGUCCUUCCGGUAUUUCCGAGCAUACUACCUUGAUAAUUGCUGUGGUCCUCGCCACGAUGGUUCAAGCAAUUGCUGUGCCAGAGUUUUAUAUGCCUGCCAUGUCGUCCCUGAUCUACAACAAGAUGGUAGAAAUGGACAUGCUCGUCGUGAUCAGCAUUACCGCCGCAUACUUCUACUCCAUCAUUGCAACUGGUUUCUUCUUCGCCGGUGUCGAGCUAGAGACUAGACCAUUCUUCGAAACAAGCACUUUACUGAUCACCUUGAUCUUGCUUGGUCGACUGCUUGCGGCCUGGGCUCGAAAGAGAGCAGUGGAGGCAGUCUCCUUGAGGUCGCUGCAGGCGUCCACGGCCAUGCUCAUUGACCACAGAACAGGCGGAGCCAUUGAGAUCGAUGCUCGUUUGCUUCAAUAUGGGGACAGCAUUGCAAUAUUACCACAUUCCCGGAUUGUCACCGAUGCUGAAGUGCUUGAAGGAACCAGCGAAGUAGACGAGUCGAUGCUCACAGGCGAGAGCCUUCCCGUGUUCAAGACUCCUGGAAAAUCCCUCGUCUCAGGCACCAUCAACGGCGGCGGCAGGCUGGUAGCACGGGUGUCGCGCUUGCCGGGAAGAAACACCAUCGCCGACAUCGCCAACUUGGUCGAGAAGGCGCAAGGGUCCAAGCCGCACGUACAGGACUUGGCUGAUAAGGUAGCCGGAUAUUUCGUCCCAGUGGUUUGCACGGCAGCCGUUAUCGUUUUGAUCAUCUGGAUCGUCGUUGUGCUGAAGCUACGAAAACAACCCGCUGGUGAUGCCAUCGGAACCGCAGUAGGCUAUUGUAUCGCCGUUUUAGCCAUUAGCUGUCCUUGUGCGCUGGGGAUUGCAGUGCCGAUGGUCUUAGUGGUUGCCGGAGGUGUAGCCGCUCGCGGUGGGGUGAUCAUCAAGACUGCAGAUGUCAUCGAACGCGGCUUCAGAGUUACUGACGUGGUUUUCGACAAGACCGGCACGCUCACUGAACCAAGCCUCGAGGUCGUCGCGGAGAUGAUCAUUCCCACGAACCAGGCUACCGAAGAGGUCGUGCUCUCCAUCAUUAUGGCCAUCGUUAGGGGUACCAAACAUCCUGUAUCCGAAGCUGUGGCAAGAGCCCUUGACGGACGUGGGAUACAGAACAUCGAGAUCCAUGGGCUAGCCUCCAUACCGGGGUGCGGGGUCAAAGCGCAAUGGCAGGGACUGACAAUUCGUGCCGGCAACGCGAAGUGGCUCAAUCUCGGCGAGACACCUUUAGUCCUCGAAUUUGCAGCCCAGGGGUUGACCAUGCUGUGUGUCAUGAUUGGCGAUCAUCAGGUUGCACUUUUUGGCCUCAAAGCCAAGCUUCGAGAAGGUGCGGUAGGGGUGGUUCGAGAACUCCAACGCCGCCACAUUGCUGUCCACAUCGUGAGUGGUGAUGCGGGCAGGGUUGUUGAAGACGUCGCCGCGGAAAUUGGCGUUCCUCGGGAGAACGUCGCGGCAGAAAAAACACCAGCGGAGAAGCAGGAGUAUGUGCGCCAGCUCAUGGAAGCCGGAAAGAUCACACUCUUCUGUGGAGACGGAACGAACGACGCGGUCGCCGUGGCACAGGCCCAUGUGGGUGUUCAGAUCGAGUCUUCAUCAGACGUCACCCGUGCCACAGCGGACGUUGUUCUUCUUCACAGUCUCGACGGCGUGGUCAGUCUGCUUGAUGUCUCGAAGGCGGCCUUUCGACGGAUCACGUUCAACUUCGCAUGGUCAGCUGUGUAUAACGUGCUAGCGAUCUUGCUGGCGGCAGGAGCUUUUGUCAAGGUUCGCAUUCCGCCAGCAUACGCGGGUCUUGGGGAGAUAGUGAGUGUGUUGCCGGUCAUUGUUGCUGCUUUGACUCAACCGAAACUCAAGGCGAAGAAGUGA